AUGGAUAACAAUCCAAGGCCUCUACCGGUAAGAUUUCUGGAACCUGGCGCGAGCACCGCGUCCACCGAACUUCUUCGGCUCGCAGCGGCGGGGAUCGGCGACAAGAAGAGUACGGUCGUACCUAAUGAGGAUAUCCUUGAUCUCCUUCUUCGCCUGCUCGUCGACGUACUUCUGAUAGAAGGCGACCAGAGCCUUGGCGAUGCUCUGGCGGAUGGCGUAGAUCCGGGAGACGUGACCACCGCCCUUCACGCGAAUGCGCAUGUCGACGCCGGCAAACCGGUGGCGACCGAGGAGGAGGAUGGGCUCAUAAGCCUUGUGACGGAGGAUCUCCGGCUUCACCAGCUCGAUGGGGCAACCAUUGAUCUUGAUCAGCCCGCGGCCGCGCUUGCAGUACGCGACCGCCACCGCAUUCUUCUUCCGCCCAAAGCACUGCACGGACUCCACCGGCGCAGCCGCCAUGGCUUCUCACUGUAA